AUGAAUCGAUUUCUUAACUUGCAAGCUAAUGAACAUAAAUUUUCAAUAAUAUCGAUGAUUGGGACAAAUGAAAAUCAGAUCAUGAAAUCAAUGUUUGUUAGCAUCGAUAGUGUAGAAGAUUUGAUUCAUAUUACAAUCAAUACAGUAAAGCGAAUCAUCCCUUUUCUUGCUGAUAAUUGA